AUCUUAGCAUCACUCUUUGGUAGGUGCCUUAUACUCACCAUCCUUGGCUCCAGCCCCAGCAGCCCGCGAGGAACACCAGAGCGGGAGAGGUAUACCUGGGUCUGAGUCUCUCACUCCCUGACAUUAUUGGAGUACGUAGGUGUAAAACAAAAGGUUGCCGAGAAGAAUAACAAUACUCUGGCGAAUUUUUAGAAGAAUCACGAAUCUGAAGAACAUUAUUGUUGAUAUUUACUGUGCCCAAGUCACCAUGGGUAUUCAGGGUCUCCUACCGUUUUUGAAGAAGGCAUCAAGGGAAGCCAACCUGAGAGAUUUUAAAGGCCAGACUGCUGCAGUGGACGCCUACUGCUGGUUACAUAAGGGCGCCUUCUCCUGUGCUGAUAAACUGGUGCGCGGAGAGCCUACUGAUGGAUAUGUAAUUUAUGUGAUGAAGCAGAUCAACAUCUUGCUGAACAAUGCCAUCAAGCCAAUCAUGGUGUUUGAUGGAUGCCAUCUUCCAUCCAAGGCUGUAACAGAAACUAAACGGAGAGAAAAUCGUGAGCGGAAUCGCAAGAAAGCAAAAGAAUUGCUUAGGGAAGGAAAGAUUCGUGAGGCCAAGGAGUGUUUCCAACGCUGUGUUGAUGUAACUUCUGAGAUGGCUGCUAAUGUUAUUAAUGCUUGCCGUGCUAGGAAUGUUGAUGUGAUAGUUGCACCAUAUGAAGCUGAUGCCCAGCUGGCAUACCUGAACCUUAGUGGUGUUGUGCAGUUGGUGAUCACGGAGGACUCAGACCUUAUACUUUUUGGAAGCAAAGCUAUUCUCUUCAAAAUGGACAACAAUGGUGGUGGUAUUCUGGUGGAGCAGGAAAAACUACAUCUUGGCAUGAACUUACCACGGGACAAAUUCUCCUUUGACAAGUUCCGUAUCAUGUGCAUCCUGUCUGGCUGUGAUUACCUUCCUUCCUUACAUGGAAUUGGUCUAACUAAGGCUUGCAAAUUCAUCAAUGUUACAUCAAAUCCAGAUAUUCACAAUGCACUGUGUAAACUACCAAUGUACCUGAAGAUGCCUCAACUGGAAGUAACCAAAGAGUAUCGUGACGGCUUUGUCAAUGCACUCAAUACAUUCCUGUAUCAGCUGGUGUUUGACCCUAUCAGUCGCACUCUUCGCCCUCUCAUUGAUUACCCAGAUGACAAGGGACCUGAGGAUUUUCCCUAUGCAGGAAAGUUUAUCGGCCAUGAGCGAGCUCUGCAGAUAGCCUUGGGAAAUGUAAAUGUUCAGACAGGAGAGGUUGUUGGUAAUUUUGAUCCAGAGACGUAUAAGCCUCCAAAACCAAAGUCAUCAGGCUGGAACAAACACGGUGACAUCCGUGCAGCUCAUCCAAGUAUCUGGACCAAGAGCUUUACCAAAAAGGAGCCGAUGGUGCCAAGCAUUUUCAGGUCUGAGAGACGGACAACAAAGGGGAAGGAAAUUACUGUGGCGACUCCUCUGUUCAAGAGAAAAAAACCUGAACCGGAAGUGCUUGAGAAUGAUCUAACUGAAGGGGAACUCCAUGACCUGUACUCAUUACCAGAAAAGUCUAGAAGGGUAGAGGCUUCUCCAGAUGACACGGAUAAUUCUCUUAAUGACAGUGGUAUCCACUCGACCCUCGACCAGUUAUCUGAUCCUCUUGUUGCAGAGGAAGACACAGACAAAAGCGUUAUAGCUCGUGGGGAUAAUAACAAUGAUACCUUUCUGGAUGAGAAAUACACAUCAUCACCUGAGACUCAUAAAUCAAAAAAUCCAUUUGCAAAGUCCCAAACCAUCAGUAAAUCACAAGGCACUCCAAAUGGACAUUUCAGUGCACUGAAGAAAUUUAGUAAAAUUAAAAGGACUUUGAUGGAUCAGAACACCAUAACCUACAGUAGAUACUUUGCUUCACCUGCUGUCCAGACCUCGGCUAUGGGACAUGAUAAUUCACAUGUUAUCAAUAAAUCCCAUGCAGAAGAAGAAGAAGCAGCAAAACCAGAAUGUCAGAGUAGAGUUUCAGCUUUAGCUGACAAAGAUACACUGGAACACAAAUUACAUGUAGAUGAUAGUCCUACCAAGUCAACAAAAGUACCUCUAUCUCCUGUCCGUACUAACACUUUACCAAAUAAAUCUGAAAAUAAUUUUCACUGGGGCAAAAUGUCUGAAAGGUUUGCCCACACAAACAAAGAGAGAAUAAAGGUCGAAAGGAGUCCAGCAGCAAUGACUAAAUUUAAGCCUGUAGCCCAACGAAAAAUUGAAGUAUCAAAAUCUAAGGAAAACAACUUAGUUUCAUCUCAAAGCUCUGACAGUGAGGAAUCUUCUUUGUCACAAAGGAGUCAUCUGUCUACUGUGUCACUGUUCAGUGAUGUGGACUCGAUAGAUAAUGAAUCUUUUGGUUUGACACCUUCAUCCAUACCCUCAACACCAGAUGGUUCUACGCCUUUUGUGGUCAAGGAGGCUGUGGCAUCACCAGCUUUGCCCAGGCAUACAUUUGCACAGAAAACUAAAUUGUCUGCCUUGAUAAGUAAGAACAAGUGCAGGGCUCCAGGACUUUCUCGGUCAAGCAAGAAAAAUAAAAUGAAAAAGCAGCUUCAUACCAAGCAAUUGGAUCUUAGAGAUAUGUUUGGCUUUAAAAAGGAUGGAACUAAGCUUCAGGUUCCUAGACUGACAUUGUGAGACCAACAUUUCUGCAGUUUGUUCGCAUCUUUGUAGUUAUUGGUUACUUCCAUCAUGAUGAAGAAACCAUAUGGAUAAGGUUAGGUUCCUGUGGCUACCAUGAUACAAGUCGUGAGUAAGUUUCUUAUUGCAUAAAUGGGAAAAAAUUUAUCUUUCUGCUGUAAGAGUAUUUUCCCUCAUACUGUACAUAAUUGUGGACACUCACCAAAAACUUCUCGAAUGCUGUAAGCACUAUCCAAUCUGAAAAAUUAAUGAAGAUUAUGACCCAUUCUAAGAUGACAGGCCCCAUUGUGCUCAUUCUCACAUCCAUUGUGCCCAGGUGUUUGAGAAGUUUUUGUUGAGAAUGUACAGUACAAUGUGCUUUAAAAAUUCACCCUAAUUGGGUGAUCAAAGUGCUGAAAUUACUUUUUCAACUACUAUGGUUCAAUUCCAUACUGCCUGGUCACCCUGGUUCAGUUAAGCACUGCCUACUCACCCCAGUUAGUCUGCAGUGUAUUAAACACAUCAAAUAUGACACAGUGGUAAACUUAAUACAAAAAGAAAAAAGUUGGUUGUGGUACUGAUUGAGAUUAGGUUAAUUACCACAUGUGUCAAUGUGCUCAGUUUGUAAGGAUGUGUGGGUGGUGUAACAUGUUAAUGGGUUAAAUUACACUACUGGCCAUGACUGUUAUACAGUGGAUCUUUAUGUACUCGAUCAGUUUUACGAUUUAAAAAAAUUGACACAAUUUACCACUAUGCGAUGACUGAAGAUCAGUUUUACGAUGGCUGUUACCUGAAUGCUUUUCCUGCACUGUCCCUGGUAUGAAAAAGUGACGUGCAAUAACUCUCAAUAUUCGGAGAUAUCAUGAUGCAAUAUUGGAAUGGUGUAACACAUGCAACCCAUGCGGAAGGUUCUGCCAAUCCCCUGUGAUUGCCAGGCUAAGCAGUUGAGCGUGUCGCAUCACCCAGAGGAUGGUUUGCUUGUAGAAGAAGCUAUUCUUUGUACAUAACAAUUAUACUGUACCAGUAAAUGUGAGGAAUAAAUAAAAAUAAUACCAAAAUAUAAAAUUAACAAAAAUACUGUGUUGCCAUUUAGCAAUUUUGUCACUAGCUCGAGUUGUGAUGGAAUGCUGCUCCCACACACGUAACAGAAUAAAUAUUUAAUCUCUAUGUUUUUGACCUCAUGAUAAUGAUUUUUAACACAAAUUUGUAUGAACGAUUGUAUGUACACUUUACCCCAUAAAUUUGACAAAAAAAGGGCUCUCGGUCAUUUGAAUUACCAAAAAUACGAGUUGAAAAAUAACAAUUACCAACUCAGCACACAUGCACGUGGGUCACUUCACCACCAUCACUAACACUCACCGUCAACACCCCUAACAUUCAACACCACACCACCACCACACUACCAACACUCCACUCCCAUAAUCGCCCAUAAACUACCGCUGAUGUAUUAACUGAUUUUAUUUUAUUUUAUUUUUUUUUUUUUACCAAAAUUCUUUUUUCAUGUUCUUUAUGGGGUUGAAAAAUAACAUUAACAACUUCGUCUGGUAGGAGAAGAGGUAAGGUGAUGUUACGGUGACAGCUAACUUGGUGACCUGCCAAGUCCACACACACACACACACACACAUAUAUGUUCAUGUAAGGAUAAUUAAAUUAUUUUGCAUAAAUUUAUUGAUUUUGUGUUUAUAAAUUAUUUGAGUUAUUUAGACAUUACAUAAUCAUUAUAGCAACAGGAUAUAAAACUUGUUUGGGCUCUUCAGGGGCUCAAGAACGGAACCUAUUUUUUCCCUCAAGUUAUGAAUAUGAUCGAUCAUUUAGCGAUGGUUUUUUUGAGGUCCCUAACCCCAUUGUAUAAAUGGUCAUUGCCUGUAGUGUAUUGCAUUCACAUGGUGAUAUAAUAUGACAUGCAGUAGGGAGAUGGACUUUUCCAAGUGAUGGUGUAACAUGACAAGCAUGAAGGUGGUGGGUGUGGUGUCAUUACUGCAACACCAACACUUUUAUCUCCUGAUAGUUGCUCACUGAAGGUAGACCUCAUUGUAAUUUUGAUGCUAUUUUGGAUCAUUAAUUUUAUUCUUUAGUUUGUUAUCCUAUUAUAUGUCGCAUUCAUACAUCUUCAGGUGUGGGGAAUAUUCUUUUUACAUACCUUUAUGUAUCUUACACCCAGUCCAUUAUGUCUAAUGUCCCAAAAUAAUGUUCCCUAUAAAAGGGCUACAAAUAUCCAGUGCACCCAGAUACUUGUUUCAAAUCUUAUAAUUUACAUUUUAGUCAUAAUAAAUAGUUAUAUUAUAAAAGUUUUAUAAAUAUUGGUCUUUGUUAUAAAGGAAAAAUAAUAAAUGUGCUAUUUCUAGAAAACUCUAUUUACUCUCAAUACAAUUACAAAAAUUUGUGCAUUAAGUACAGCAAAUGCAGUCAUCUGAUUAAGGUUCUGCAGAUGUGCAACACGGCCAACUCUCCCUGGACACAAUGAUGUAGAUGACCAGCAGAUCACAUUUAAACAUAAUGGUGAAUGAAAUUCAUAUUUAUAAAGGAAAAAAUUCUUGAAACUGACUUGUGACAAUUAUUAAAGGUAGUUGGUUCCUUUUGGCUGUCUGGAAAUAAAGCUAUUGACAUGCUGAUUGUUGCACACAAUGAGGUAUAAACAUCGGGAGCACUUCUCUUAAAAAUACUGGUCAUGAUAAGCCAAUGAAGUGCAACAUGGGCUUGUCUCUCCCAGAUCUUUUAAGGAAGUGCUCUAUAAUGUGUAUACUUUAUCACACAUUAAUCUUCUUUUCAAUAAUUAUGAGACAUGUCAAAUGAACCUAUUGAUGCUUAAAAUCCUAUUAGUUAAACUUCUGUAACACCACAUAUAUUUUUCUCAAACUGACAAAUAUGACAUCAAUAGCCAAUCUGGAACGAAUUUCUUUAUAACUGAAUCUUUUAAAAUUCUUUCUGGACUUAAAAUAUACAGUGUUUGGUACAAUAGAACCUUGAUAUUUUACAAAACAAUAAUUCACAAAAGCUAAUAACUGGUAAAAUUGAUGAAAAUAACCAAAGGGGUAAUUAAAACAAUCAAUAUUAAUAAUGGAGAUAUCAGUUAUGUAGACACACUGAAGGUAACUAAGAAGGGAUAGUUUCAGCAUUCCAGGAAAAGGAAAAAUUACAGGCACUGUAUCUUGUAUUUUAACUGAUUGCAGGCAGUGGAACACCAAUGUGAGAAUGAGCUCUAUUGUGAAUGAAUUGCCUUCAAAAAGUUCUUCCCGUUUUCUUCACUGGUUGUGUAUAAAUUAUCAAGGUUCUAUUGUGCAUCAUACUGUAUUAGUACACUUAUCUGAAGCUGAUAAAACAAAAAAAAACACAAUUCUGG